AUGCACAUCAAGAGCCCAAGUCUGAACGGAUCUUUGAAGAGGGUUGCUGUGGAAGAAUUGAGCAAGCAGGGCUGCAGUGUCACAGUGUCCGAUUUAUAUGCAAUGCAGUUUGAGCCAAGAGCCACCAGAAAUGACAUAGUUGGUUGUUUGCAGAACACAGAAGAGUUCGAUUACGGUGUGGAGACAUGGCAAGCUUACAAGAGAGGAGGUUUGUCCAGUGAUCUGAUUGAAGAGCAAAAGAAGGUGCAGGAAGCAGACUUACUGAUUUUUCAGUUUCCCUUGUAUUGGUUCAGCAUGCCAGCAAUCAUGAAAGGCUGGAUGGACAGAGUCUUGGUCCAAGGAUUUGCUCACGAAUAUCCAAACUGUUACGAUUCUGGUUUUCUCCAGAACAAAUUAGCCCUGUUCUCUUUCACCACGGGAGGAAGCAAAGAGAUGUAUGCAAAAGAAGGUAUCGGUGGUGAUAUUCGCUAUCUCCUGUGGCCCUUGCAGCAUGGAAUCAUGCACUUUUGUGGUGUCAAAGUCCUUGCACCUCACAUCUGCUUCGCUCCAGAGUAUGUUUCUGAAGAGAAGAGGAAGGAGAUGCUGAUUGCCUGGACCCAGCGUCUGAAGACUCUUUGGAAAGAAGAACCCAUCAACUGCUCUCCUGAGUGGUAUUUCAAGUAACGCUUAGGUAUGAGACUACAGAGA